AUAAUAAGACUUUAAGAAAUGUCAGAAGAUGUAAGUGCUGCAUACGAAUUUUAUGAAAAAGUUUUAGGUUCUCCUAAAUAUGUUCUUGCUCCAAUGGUAGAACAGUCAGAGUUAGCUUUUCGUUCUUUAUGUCGAGAAUAUGGUGCUCAACUAUGCUACACUCCAAUGUGGCAUGCUGCAUUAUUUGUUAAUAAUGAAAAAUACAGAAAAGCAGCUAUUGAAACAGCAUUUCAUGACAGACCGUUGUUGUUUCAGUUUUGCGCAAACGAUCCACAAAUUUUUGCAGAGGCUUGUGCAUUAGCUGAACCAUAUUGUGAUGGUGUGGAUUUAAAUUUGGGUUGUCCUCAAGUUAUCGCUGCAAGAGGUCACUAUGGUUCCUACCUGAUGGAAGAGUUGGAUCUUGUUGAAGAAAUUGUGAAAACAGCAUGUGCUCGCAUUACCAAACCAAUAACCUGUAAGAUACGUGUGUAUGAAUCUAUUGAGAAAACUGUAACAUAUGCUAAAAGAUUAGAGAGAGCUGGUGCCAAGAUUUUAACAGUACAUGGGCGGCGACGUGACCAGAAAGGCCCAAAAACAGGUCUUGCCAGUUGGGAUCAUAUAAAAGCAGUAAAAGAAAAUGUCCAAAUUCCUGUUUUUGCCAAUGGAAAUAUACAAUAUCUUAGAGAUGUAAUAAAGUGUUUAGAAUACACUAAAGUGGAUGGUAUCAUGAGUGCAGAAGGUGCUUUAUGCAAUCCUGCAAUUUUCAGUGGGCGCCAACCACCUGCUUGGGAGAUGGCAGAUUCAUACUUGGCCUAUGCUGAAAAGUAUACACCACCAGUAGGAUAUAUUCGUGGUCAUCUAUUUAGAAUCUAUUUGCACUGCUUAAGUAAAUACCCAGAUUUGAGAAUCCCAAUGGGUUUAGCAAGAUCAUUUGAUGCCCUUAAAGAGGUUUGCAAGCAAGUAAAAGAGCUGUGUUUAAAAGAUGCUGAAAAAGAUAUUGCAGAGGGAAAAGAUUCAGAAGAACCAGAUUGUCUUCCAUAUUGGAGAUGUCAACCUUAUGUUCGACCACCGAUUAAGGUAUUGGGAAAGCGAACUUCUGAUGAUGACGAAAAGUUACCAAGGAAUGAUUAUCCGUCAAAACGAAAACUUCUUCAAAUAAAACACCAAGAAAAUGGGGGAAAAGGAUUAUUUCGUAACCUUGCGCGUGAUAAAUGGCCAUUGUGUAAAACGUGUGGUAGAAACCCAUGGGGACAAAAAUGUGAAUUCAAUCGUUGCCGAAAAUGUUGUAAAGAUAUAGCAGCUGUGGAGUUUCUCGACUGUAAAGGUCACAAGUGGCGUUUCCAAAUAAUCACUAAUGCGGUAGAAAAUCCGAAAGCAACAGUUAUUAAAUCAAACGAUCAAGAUGUUACGGGAACCAUUGAAUUAAGCGAAGAAUUAAAUUCUGAUAAAAAAAAUAUUGAGUUAGUUUUAGAUGCACCUUAGGUUAAUCGAACUAAGAAAUGAUUAAUACCAAUGGAUGCAUAAAAAUAGAUGUCAAAUGGUUUGAAUCAUGGUGUGAAGUAUAAUUAGAAGAUUUAGAGUUUUACAAUUAUUCGCUUCAAUGGUUUAAUCGUUUGUUUGCUAAAUAAUUUGGAUAUUUAUAAUUAAUUACUCAAUUGAAAUGAAAACAAACAAGACGAAUUAAUUACAACCAAUAAAUAAAGUUUAAAGAA